UAACCUCAAGCGAUGUGUCCACACAGGUGCAGGUUCACAUAGAAACCAAACGAAAACAAACGAUGGUGGUGCUAACCAAAUCCGGUCAUAACCACAAAAGUCAAACAACGUCAUCGUUCACGUCUCGCUUUUUGCCAUGUGUGCAAACAGGCCAAUUCGACCUUUUCACACUCACCCUUCACCUCUAUAUCUACCUAGAUUUCGACCGCUCAGAAGUUUUCUCAACAUAUCUCUCUUCUUGCCUCGCGAUCGGCUACAAGAAUAUGUCAACGCGCCGUAAACCAUCAGCGCCUGCGAUGAACGGUGUCACCUCGCCCAUCUCAUCAUCCACCAUCAAAACCACGGCCGCGGCACGCGCACCUUUCCUCCCCACCCGCCUCGAAGCGCAGCUAUUGGCUAUAUAUCCCUUGACACUUCUCCUGGGCUCAGUCUUUAGCGUCCUAUCGCCCGCGUCGCGCGCGGCGCCGUACUCUCCGGAUCUGCAAUCCCACGAGCCCGCCUAUGCCCCGUCAUACUUUGCGCAAAAGAAGAACGUCUUCAAUGUAUACUUUGUCAAGAAGGGUUGGUUCUGGGCUACAGCUGCCUUUUUCGCCUUCCUUGCCAUGUGGCCUGGGUUUGGCUCGGGCUUGUCGGUGAAGAGGAUCAGAGCGACGCUGCGAUACCUGGUUGUAACGACUUGGUGGGUAUUUGUCACACAGUGGUUCUUCGGCCCUCCUCUUAUCGACCGUGGUUUCCGAUUUACUGGAGGACAAUGCGAGCUUCUUAAAGAUCCUGCAGCGAAACAAGAAAUGAGCGAUACCCGGGUAUAUAUCACUGCUGCCACUUGCAAAUCUGGGGGCGGUACAUGGAAAGGCGGUCAUGAUAUCUCAGGCCAUGUGUUCCUCCUCAUUCUCGGCUCAUCGUUGCUCUGGUUCGAGUUUCUGCCUGCUCUGACGCGCGCCGAGGGCCUUCGCGAUGGACGAAAAAUUGUACUAGCGGACGGUAAACUCGCCAGUGUUGCUGUGGAGAAAGAUCCCAACACAGAGGAAGAGGAACCGACGACUCGAGGCGUCAGGUUUUCUCUUGGAGUCGCGGCACUCAUGUGGUGGAUGCUACUGAUGACCGCUGCUUUCUUCCACACUUGGUUCGAAAAGUUCACUGGAUUGAUAGUCGCCUUCCUUGGUCUGUGGGCAGUGUACUUUCUCCCAAGAGCGAGCCCGCAGAUUCGAGCGGUUUUGGGAAUGCCAGGUGUGUAA